AUGCCUAAGCUUACACCUCCAGAGGACCGUACAAUAACUACUUUGUAUAUUGGAGGUAUUCCUGAAGGCAUGACGGAAAAGGAUCUACGUGAUCACUUUUAUCAAUUUGGUGAAUUACGUUCUGUCAAUCUUCACGCCAAACAACGGUGUGCUUUCAUACAAUUCACUACUAGAAGUGCUGCAGAACGUGCCGCCGAACGAACUUAUGAUCGGUUAAUUUUAGGUGGCCAUCGGUUAACCGUUAAUUGGGGAAAAUCACCAGCGGCUUUGGCUGCAGCUAAUUCUCACUUAUCAGCAGAAACGGGUGAUAUAAGCCUACCUCCUGUACCUGGUUUGCCUCUACCUCCUGCUUUACCUCCAACCAAUUUAUUGAACAGAGCUAUGUCAGUUGGUCUUAGUGGAGGCUUUUUCAUGGCACCGCCUCCACCACCCCCGCCGCCACCACCACCUUUUACCAGAUCUCUAUUAAACUCUACUUCUGAUCUAGCAUCGGGUGAUAAAAUGCCUAUUGUCUCGACUAUACAAAUCGCACCACCAGUAGUUGAACCACUACCACCCGGAGAAAUAUUUAUGCGUGGCCCACCGCCACCACCUUUGCCACGAUACGUCGUUCGUCCUACUGCUGGCUUAUUGCAGACACCACCGUCAUCGGUUUUGCCUGACCCUAGUUCAACAGGCGUAUUGCCUCCAGGGCCACCACCACCACCCCCGCCGCCACCCCCGUCAUCCAAAACUGUAUCCUCAAAGGAAUCAAAGUCAAGUAAAGACACACCAGCUGAUGAAGCAUUGGGUAUUCAUUAUCCAAGUCAAAAUCCUCAACGGAUGGGUAGUGUACCGCACACUGAACAGCAUGACUAA